UGGAUGCAUACAUAGCUGAAAAUACCCGUGUGCCAUGUCCAAUGAAGUGAAGUAGCGAGAGCCCCCCAACGCCUCUAGAGUUUCUUCAAACCGCGGAAGCGGGAAUGCAUCUGUAAGUGUAAUAGCGCUAAUUAGUCGGAUUGACCCAUCCUUCGUGUGAACAAGGACCAUAGGGCUUGCAUAAGGACUCCCAGACCUUUGAAUAACUCCCUUCUCCAGCAAAUCCUGUAACAAUGUCUGCACUUCCUUCAUGUAAUGGGGGAGGGAUACGUCUGUACGGUUCUCUGAUAGGCUGGUCAUUUGUCAACUUAAUCUCGUGAGGAAUAAGAGUACACCUCUAAAUAUCUAAAGGGCUCAUUGAAAAAGCUGCCUCAUUUUUCUUAAUCAACCCAGCAAUCAACAAGGCCUCCUCAUGAUUAAACUCCUUUAGACUGAUUCCAGGAGGAAGCAGGUAUGAGGAACCAUCAGUGAAGCUUUUAAAAGUGUUGAAAGGCAUUUGCCAAUCCCCUUGAUUGGAGUCUGUCGGGAAUAGGGGAGUCCACUGCGGUUUUUAUUUCAUGAUAAACGAUGCAGUCGUCCGCAAAAAGCCAAACAUUGGAGUGAACCUUAGAAGGCAGGUCGUUUGUGUACACCAGAAACAGAAGAUGUCCCAGGACUGUUCCCUGAGGGACCCCAGAGACCACUUUAGUCCUGUUGGAAGAUUCACCCUGCAGCACGACUUGCUGAUGACGAUUGAUAGUGAUAACCAGACACUCUCUUGGACAAGAAUGUGUUCAACUGGAAGACUUUCAGUGCCUGAUGUUUGCAUGACUGUAGUAGAACAAACCACGUUAGAGGAAAGCAAUAGUGGAACAUUUUUAUACGAUGCAAAAUCUAUACUUAGUCUCUGGAACAUUUUCUGGCGUGCCAAUCUCACUUGUCAUGCACAUGUCAAUGGUGAUCCCAAAGUAAAGUUUGAUGACCUGUGGCAUACUGCUGAACAGUUAUCCGAGUUGUUGGACUGUUUGUUUGAAACUGAGUGUCAAAACCUUGCAUUGGAAUGCUGCAAGUUUGCUCUUCGAUGUGGGCCUGUAAAUCUUCUGCAAGCUUUGUUUAAUAACAAGCUGAUUGAUUUACAUGUUAAUCAUACCUUUGAUGAUGGCAAGAGUCUACUCCACUAUGCUUGUUUGUCAUCUAAUGUCAAGGCUGUUGCAUUUCUUUUGAGUCGUGGAGCUUCGCUGAAAAUAGUUGAUAAUGCAGGUCAGACACCAGAUCAACUGUGCUUCUGUUCCUAUACAAGAAAAGAACUUCCUUCACGUUACCAAACAUCUCUUCGAAUGCAAAAGAAACAAGUGGCUUCAUUUGAAGAAAAAAGUCAUAUCUUUGAACUUGUAUCUGAUUCAGAGUCAUUUGAAGACCUCCAGAUUAUGCUCCAUACACUGGAGUUUGAUGUUAACAGAGACAAAGAUUCUCUUGGGAAUUUGCUGCUCCACAGAGCUGUUCGACAAGGGAUGUCACACUUAGCACUAGUCUUAAACCUUGUGCUGGUACACCAAGCUGAUGUUGAAGCAACCGACAAUAAAGGCAUGACACCUCUUUGCAUAGCAGCACAUUUGGGUGAUGAAUUUAUGGUUGAGGUUCUGAUGUGUGUCCUAGGUGCAGAUCCAAAUGCAGUUUGUACUCUGAACCACUGGACACCACUUCAUUUUGCAGCAAAGAAAAAUAUAUUGCCAGUCAUUGAAUGUCUUGUGAGAAGAGGAGCUGAUUUGAAUGUUGAAGAUAUGUUUGGGUUCAGAGCAGAUGACAUUGCCAAGAAAGUUGGAAAUCUGGAAUGCCAAGAUGUCAUAGAAAACCUGCGGGUUCAACGCUGUCAAAAACUCAGCUGUUUAGCAAAGAAGGGGAACCUGACUCCAAAAGUUAUCUUCCCAUCUGACAUAUACACUGUUGACAGCGAGGGUUUGACAUUGGUUAUGAUUGCUGCAAAGGCCAACCGUUGUGAUAACCUUAUGGUUUUACUGCACAAUCAAAAAUGCCCAAUCGAUGCUCAAGAUCCAAAGUUUGGACAAACUGCUCUGUCUUUGGCAGCCAUGUUAGGGAAAGCAGAUGCAGUUCAAACGUUACUCAGAUAUGAUGCACACCCUGGAAUUGGAGAUAUUCAUGGUAUGCUGCCACUCCACCAUGCUUGCCUUCGAGGACACGUUCUGUGCGUGCAAAUGAUUGUCAACGUCUCAAAAGGGCUCACAGGUCUUCUGGAAGCAAUGAAAUAUUCUGAUAAUCCUGAAAUAUGCAGUAUCAUUCAAGAAGCAACACAUCGUCGUCAAAGGAAUUUAGUUAAUCCAUCAUUGUUUGAAUGUGCAAUGAAUGGUGAUGCUGACCGUCUGUAUAGUACAUUGGAGGAGGGUGACCAAGUCAACCCAUUGACUGGAACAGGAGACUGGCCAAUGUACAUGGCUGUUGGAAAUAGAUACAUCAAAGUUAUGCAACUGCUACUUGCGAAUGGGGGAGAUUUUUGGAGUCAACACCAGACAACUGGAUCUACUGUGCUACAUAUCGCAUGUUCCAGGGGCUUAUAUGACAUAGUGUCAUAUCUUCUGUGGUUUUCUGCAACAACUAGAAAAGGUUGUUCACCCAUCGAAACUGGUGAUGGGUAUCACUGUGAAAAUGAACAGUUAAACAUAGAUGCAGUGAACCACCUUGGUUUUACAGCCCUACAAGUUGCAUCUACAAAAGGAUUCAGUCGCAUUGUGAAACUUCUAUUGUCACACGGUGCAAGCUCAGCUCUUGUUGACUCACAAGGACAGCUCUACAAGUGUUGUGAAUUUGAAGGGGUUCAAGUUCUCAUUGAGCAUCACCAAAGAAGACGUGCAGAGCAAAUUGCAGCAUACAUAAAAGGAACCAGAGGAGUCCAUCAGCUCAUCAAAGUUUGGCAGGCAAAAUUUGAUCACAACCUUCGGAGUCGAAGUGGUGAUACCCCACUGAUGGUUGCAUGCCUAUAUGGGAAAGUAGAGGCAGUUAAAUUUCUUCUCAGGUCAGCUAUUCAAUUCGUUGGGAAGACCGACAUGUCUGUGCAAAGACGAGGAGGGCAGAAUGACUGUUUUGUUGAUUCUGGAGCAUAUGAUGGUGCUCAUCCUGGAUGUUACAGCUCCCCAGAUAGAAGCCUUCAAACUGUUGACGAAUACUCUGCAGAAAUGGAUACACGUUCAUCAGUGAGUAACCUAAGUGAUCAGGAUGAUAGAUCACAUGAAUCUAUGAAGAAGCAAUACAACACUCAUCCAUCCAACCUCAAAGGUUUCUCUUCUUCUAUCGACCUUCACAGCAAACAUGUGAGGAGACAAACUCAGUUUACGAAGUCAUGUGGCUUUGAUUCAGAGUCACUUGAUGAUUCAGAAAAUGAAGCAUAUGCAGGUACUUUCAACAAGCAUACAGACAAAUCAACAGUGUUGUACAGUCAGAGAGCAUUCAGUUCAAGUGACAUACACUCACUGCAAAGUGCCAAUGAGUUGAGUCACAAAGAUCAGGUUUCGUCAAGGCAUGGAUCACUGCAAACAAGUUCAUCAAGACUAUUUCAAGGUACCCAUGUAAAUCAUCUAUGUGCGAUAAACAUACGGGAUGGUUGUUCAGCCAUGCAUCGGGCAGUUGAAUGCAUCAAUGAACGAAGAGGGUUAGAAAUUCUGCUUCUGCUUAUGGACAAGGAUUCUUCCAUCAUCAACAUUCAAAAUGUGCAAGGUCUAUCCGCACUUCAUCUUGCUGCAAAGUUGGAGAAAGCAAAAAUUGUCAAAACUUUACUGAGUGUUCAAUGUAUAAACCCAAAUCUACGAUCCUCAAAUGGUAAACUCGCAGAAGACAUGACAAGAUCUAAGCAAAUUGGCCAUCUAAUACGAGAUGCCCGCCAAAAGCUGAAAGAACAAAGUUUUUGA